AUUUUAUCUCACCCCAACCAUGGCGCCAGAUACUUUCCCAAAGUUUCUCCAACUCCCCAAAGAGAUUCAGAUUCUCGUCUGGGAAGUUGCCGUCCAUCCAGUCCCUGGGGAUCGUCAUGUUCACCGAUUCUACAUCGCUGACCAUCGUGUUCUCCAACCAACGCCCAGGCAACCCAUACAGGGGAGAUUUCUCCGCUUACUACGCACUAAAGGAUUCGAAUAUGAGUCUGUGAACGUCGUUCCAGGAUUUUCACUAGCUGUCCCAGCUGAUGAUGUCGCUGGCAACCCAAAUGACUUAGUCUACCUGACAGACAGUUCUCUCUGGACUGUGUGCAAGGAAUCACAUCAGGCGAUGGAAAGGCGAUUCACUAAGAAUGAAUGGUGGUCGCAAGUCAAGUCUCCCUUUCGCCCGAAACGUACAGCAGCACCGGGUCAAUGUAUCUGUCAAAAGGGUGCCGCUCAUACAGCAUUUUACCAAGACAACGAUGGCGUCGUCAAACAUAUCACCAUGGAUUUCGACAAGGAUCUCAUCCAUUUUGAUCCUCGAUAUCUGAGUAAUGUGAACUGGUGGCAUAUUCGCCCAAGUGUCUUUUUAUCUCUAUUCGACGAAGGCCCCUCCCAUGAAAGAUUAGGAUUUAGCUUCAUAGGAAGCAACAUUGCGAUGGAUUACGACCCCUCGAUUAUGGAUACGCUCAAAAAGCGGCCGAAACACUACAGACAGAAAGGAUUGGGGAUGUCUAGUGGAGAUUUCCGAGAUAUGAUUAGUUACCUCCGUGAUCUUGCCAAGGUCACGAUAUGGUUUAUCGACUACAGACUGGUCCAAACAACCCAAAACGCAAGGAUUUCAAAAGAGCGAAAGGGAGAAGCUAGCGGACAAACCCAAGAAGACCGGAACGUGCAAGUCCCGAGGGAAUUAUUCCGCUCAGAUGAUUUCAUCUAUACUGAAGUCAAAAGAGAAGACAUCGGCACCUCAUGGGUCGUGAGUAACGAUGAAGUCAACAGCCGCGAGACGGAAACUGCUUUUGACAUGUUUGACGCUCUAUUACUCGACGAUGAUGAUCUGGAUCAUCUUCGGGUCUUGGCUUGUGAACCAGUGGCAGGAAGAACGCCUCGAUCGUGUGAGCCAUGGGCAUGGAGAUGCGAUGGUGAUGAAUCCUGCGACAUUUGUUGCCCCAACAAGAUUGUACCUCGUGUGCCGCCGUCAACUAUCAAGAGAGAAGGAUCGGAGAGUUCAUCGGACAUUUCUGUUUCAGAUUUGAAUCUGUUUGAUUAACAAUAAACGAGGAAAGACCAUUCUUGCAGUCAAAAUACAUGUCAAGAACUUUAACACUAAGAACAUCAAAAGGGC